AUGAUGGAUUUUAUUCAUACAUCAGGUGUCCUAAUUAUACAGCAUCUGCAGAACAACUACAGAGAAUACAACAGCUUCCUCAGUUUCAUGUCAACAGUGGGUGACCCUCGUAAUAUUUUCUAUGUCUAUUUCCCUCUCUGGUUCCAUCUCAGCCAUAAUGUUGGCACUAAGAUGAUAUGGGUGGCUGUUGUUGGAGACUGGUUCAAUCUUAUUUUCAAGUGGAUUCUGUACGGACAGAGACCUUAUUGGUGGGUUCACGAAACCCACUUGUUCCAGAACAGCUCAAAGCCAUAUCUGGAUCAGUUUCACAUUACGUGUGAAACAGGACCUGGUAGUCCAUCUGGUCACGCUAUGGGCUCAUCAUGUGUGUGGUAUGUGAUGGUCACUUCUGCUCUAGCCUUCACCAGGUCCUCUUGCGUCUCCUCUGUCUGGAGCUUUCAAAGGUUUCAUCUCUUGAGGUCCAUUCUCUGGACAGCUUUCUGGGUCAUUCAGAUAAGUGUUUGCAUUUCCAGAGUUUUCAUUGCAACUCACUUCCCUCAUCAAGUUGUUCUCGGUCUUGUCACUGGUAUGCUUGUUGCUGAAGCCUUUGACCACAUUACCUGGAUCUAUAAUGCAAGCCUAAAACGGUACCUCCUGGUCAAUGUUUUUCUUCUCUCGUUUGCCAUUUGUUUUUACUUGCUCCUAAAGCUUCUGGACUUUGAUCCUUUAUGGUCGGUUGCCAAAGCCAAGAUGUGGUGUGCAAACCCAGACUGGAUCCAUCUAGACACCACACCCUUUGCCGGACUAUGCAGGAACCUGGGAGCCUUGUUUGGUCUAGGACUUGCGGUGAACUCUGAGAUGUUCAUUCAAAGCUGUAAGGGAAAAAACGGCUGCAAUACUGUAUUUAAACUCUUAUGUAUGACUGCAAAUCUCACCUUCCUGCAGCUGUAUGACCUCGUCAAGAUGCCAAAUCACAGCGAGGCUCUGUUUUAUGUACUGUCAUUUUGCAAAAGUGCUUCAGUUCCUUUUGGCGUUGUUGCUGUCAUACCUUAUUGUGUUUGUUUGCUAAUCAGAGACGAUGAGAGAAAACUCUGUUAG